GUUAGGUCUAAAGACGGAGCAGAGGAAAGACUGUUUAGGCUGGAUUUGCUUGGAGCAGAGUGGGGCGUGGCAUUGAUAGAAAUGCAGGAAAUAAUGAAGUUCAUAGACAAUAGGGACAUUUUCCCUGCUGCUCUGAGGUAUCGAAAGCAAGAGAGCAUAAGCUUAUGGUAAGGAGGUGGGGGAGAAUAUGAAUAAUGUUUUCACCCAGAAGCCUAAUGGAAUCUGAAAUGUGCUGCCUUAGUGGGCGGUAGAGACACGCAAAUUAAUGCAGAUGGGUGCUUGAUAGUCAUUGAGGGCUGAAGGGGCCUGUUUCUGAGCUGUAUGAUACUGAGAUUUGAUAUAUUUGAAAGCAUUUUUAUGAAUCCAAAAGUGUAGAUAUUUGCAUUGGGAUAAUUAUUGGCUUCUAAUGAGUGAUCGCAAUUAAAAAAUUGUUUUAGGAAUAGUAUCUGUAGAAGCUAUUGAAACCCAUAACAAUCAAAGCUGAUGCUACAGAAUAGCACAAUGAAAUCAUUUGAUAUACAGAUCAGACUUAAGUGCAUUUAUGGCUUUUAUACCAAGAAUUCUAACUAAGCCAGAGAGUAGUGAAUCUGUGAAUUUUAUCUAUCCACAAGGAUUGCGGUAGAGACUCAAAUUGUGUCUAGUGAAGUAGAGGAUCAAUUGAUAUUGGGAUAUUAAGGGAGUCAAGGAAUUUGGAAUUAAUGGAAGAUGGUGAUACCGAAGAUGAAAUUUUGUGAUCUUAUUGGAUGAAUGCGCACUUCCUCCUAUUCCUUCUGUUCUCAGGUAUUGUGUUCAACACUGGAAUUGGACAGCAUAUUCUGAAGAAUCCUUUAAUUGUGAAUAGCAUCAUUGACAAGACUGCUAUUAGACCCACAGAUGUCAUACUGGAAGUUGGCCCUGGUACAGGUAACAUGACUGUGAAAAUUCUGGAAAAGGCUAAAAAGGUAAUUGCUUGUGAACUUGAUAGCAGACUUGUUGCUGAACUACAGAAAAGAGUUCAAGGAACACCUGUUGCAAAUAAACUUCAAAUAAUGGUUGGAGAUGUGCUGAAGACAGACUUGCCAUUCUUUGAUGCAUGUGUAGCAAAUUUACCAUAUCAGAUCUCCUCACCAUUUGUUUUUAAACUACUGCUGCACAGACCAUUCUUCAGGUGUGCAGUAUUAAUGUUCCAACGUGAAUUUGCUCUUCGACUUGUUGCAAAUCCAGGAGAUAAGCUAUACUGCAGGCUCUCAAUCAACACACAACUACUUGCACGUGUUGAUCAUCUGAUGAAGGUUGGAAAAAACAACUUCAAGCCUCCACCUAAAGUAGAAUCAAGUGUGGUUAGGAUAGAACCAAAGAAUCCACCGCCACCAGUUAACUUCCAGGAAUGGGAUGGUCUGGUCAGGAUAGCAUUUGUGAGAAAAAACAAGACUCUAGCUGCAGCUUUUAAAUCCAGUGCAGUUGAACAGUUGCUGGAAAAAAAUUACAGAAUACACUGUUCUUUGCAUAAUAUUGAAAUUCCAGAAAACUUUAAUAUUGCUGAAAAAAUCCAGAAAAUCCUAGAAGAAACUGAAUGCAGUGAAAAACGUGCUCGAACAAUGGACGUAGAUGACUUCAUGAGUUUGCUCCAUGGUUUCAAUUCGCAUGGAAUCCACUUCUCAUGACAGCAUUUUCUGCAACUUGACUGUCGAUUUUAAGUUUGCUAGAUAGUUUCUAUUUUUGUUACAGUAUUGGGAGUUUUAGAUUAAAUUAAACCUGAAACUUCCUUUGUACAUUACUGCAACUUAAUGCAAGUUUGCACAGGUAUGCUCAGUUGUGAAAAUAAAGAUAAUAUUAUUCAGAUAUUCUAACAUGGAACAUAUGCUAAUUUUAAAUUUGUAUAUUUGUAUGUACUUUAUAGUAGCUUGUCAUAUUGUGUAUUCAAAACUUAAGUAAAACAAACUCAUUUCUUGUGGUUUUCUUCCCUAACUAGCUGAAGCAGUCCCUAUUUCUUUCAGCAGUCAUAUUUCUUUCAAAUCCAAGAAUGCAGUUCUAGAGUUGGGUUAAGGAAUAAAGCUGGGCAACUUGGUAUAGCAGACAAGUUAAUGAUCAAUGGACUUAAUGUAGUUAUGGAAGAGUAACUAAGUAAUUGGCCCUUAACCUGCAGGGAUAUAAUUUGACCAAUGAAAGCAGUAAGAAACGACAGAAUAUUGGAAAUCCCAAACAAAUUAAUGCAGUAACGAUAAAAAUUAAUGCAAAAAUCACCCAUUUGAGAAGCUAUAGCCUUGUAGGAAUAUAUUACUAGAUUGGCCAGGUCAACAAACGUUCUGAGCAUUGAACUCCAUUCGCAAAUGUUUAAUACUUGGUAUGGUCUAAGAAGGAAUUCUGAGAAGUGGAAAACCAAGAAACAGGCCUGAUAUCUUAUACACAGAUGUUAAGACUGCGCAACAAGAUGCUUUAAUUAAGGCACCAGGUACUUUGUAACACAAAAAGUUUUGCUGAACCUGCAUGGGGCAUUAGUUUGGCUACAGCUAAAAUCGUAUUACACCAUGAUAGGGACAAGGGCAUAAUAGAAAAGAUUGAGAGCCAGAUUUGUAGUACAUCUCAAGUGGAUUUGUGGACUUCCAAGGAUGUGCCAAAACUAGAGAAUUUUAGAAAACUUAAAAUUUAGUUGAAAAUAAAAUUAAAGCCUUGAACAACUUUUAUUUCCUUUCAAAGUUAAUUAAUCUAUGAAUAACUAUGGUGUUGUUGUGAAAUUAGAUACCUGUAAAUAGUAAAGAUAGGAACAUGCAUUUGUGGUUAAAAAGUACAGGCCAUUCUUAGGUUAAGAGUGGCUGACUUGUGGACAGACCCUACAUAAAGAGCUUUUAUAAUAAAUUCAAAUAUAUACAUUCAUUCCUAUCAAAUGGCAGAACUAGUUUUCUUUCUUGUCCUCCCUUUCCCCUCUUACAUGGUUUUGAUGCCAUUUUUAUACUUCUGUGGGGGUUUAGUCUGUAUAGAGUGAUUUGAUGGUGUAUUUUCCAAUUUGGGUUCAAAAUUAUCUUGUGGGCAUCUGUAAAAAAAUGAUUGUUACAUAGAGAUGACUUGUUUGCUGGCAUGUUCACUGCCCAAUGACAUCUUUGAAAAUUACUUUUGAUUCUACCAUAUUCAAUUAUUGAAGCACUAAUAUAUACAACAUGGUGAUGGUAAGCACAAAUUGAUAGGUUCAACUAAGCCAGUUCAUUGUAACUCAACACGCAAAAGUAGUAUUCUCCCAUCCUCAAAUUAUUUUCCUCCUACACGACAAUUGUUAUUGUGUGUGAAAAGCCAACUGGUGAGUCCUAAAUUUCAACAAGUUUUUAAAUUUAGAUCUGCUGCUUAAACUGUCAAUGUGUACUUGUGUAAUUGAUGAAAUUUGAUAGAAUUGGGAGAUAUGAAAUAAAAAAAAAUUUAAACCUGCUUUCUCU